AUGUUGCCCAUGGCGAGACCCGCCAUCUCUGGUGCUCUAUGUGUGCGCCCUCAACUGGUGUCAUGCCUUCGUGCUCAGCCCAUUGCCGCCCUGUCGACCUCGUCCAUGAAAUCAGCGACGGCCCUGGAGCGCCAAUCCUCCCCAGGACAGUCUCUUACUGCAUCCGGCAAGGUUCGAAAGGAGGUUCCUCUUCCCAGCCAAGAGAAGAAGGAGGGUGCGAUGCAAUAUGUCUUGACCACCCUUGAUCAGGUCACCAAUUGGGCGCGUCAAAGCUCCCUGUGGCCGAUGACCUUCGGUCUUGCUUGCUGUGCCGUCGAAAUGAUGCACCUCUCCACCCCCCGCUAUGACCAGGAUCGCCUGGGAAUCAUCUUCCGAGCCUCCCCGCGACAGUCCGAUGUGAUGAUUGUGGCCGGCACAUUGACAAAUAAGAUGGCACCAGCCCUCCGUCAGGUCUACGAUCAGAUGCCUGAUCCCCGCUGGGUUAUUAGCAUGGGUAGCUGUGCCAAUGGUGGUGGCUACUAUCACUACAGCUACUCCGUUGUCCGCGGUUGCGAUCGCAUUGUUCCCGUGGAUGUUUAUGUUCCUGGAUAUAAACAAGGCCCUCCCACAUCCGAGGCAUUGAUGUACGGGAUUUUCCAGCUGCAGAAGAAGAUGAGACAUACUCGAAUCACACGCAUGUGGUACCGGCGCUGA